GAACAGGGAAGUGAGAGAGUACAACAUUUAUGCUGAUGCCUUUCUGGGUGUUAUAUUUCCGUCACAGAAACAUUUCAUUUCUAGUUUCUGUUUCCUUGCAAGAGCAUGAAGAUGUUGAGCCUGACGUUCAUCCUGUGUGUUGCUCUGAGUGGUGUCAGCAAUUCAGCAGCGCUGAUCACUGUGUCUGGAUAUGAAGGAAAAGCAGUGGGUAUCUCUUGUUCCUAUGGCAUGGGUUAUGAAUCUUAUGAGAAGUACCUGUGCAGGAACGACUGCGGUGGCAAUGAUGUUCUUGUAACGACGACAGAAACAAGUAAAAACAGAUUCUCCAUCUACGAUGACAAAGAGAAACGAGUCAUUACAGCCAGUAUUUCUGGUCUCACACUAGCGGAUGCUGGGAAGUACUGGUGUGGGGUGACCAGGACUGGGACAGAUACCUACACUGAAGUAAAGCUGCUAGUCGGAAAAGACAGCUGCUGUGAUCAAUCUACCAGAAUACAAAGUUAUGAGGACAGCUCAGUGGACUUGAGUUGCCCGUACGAGCAGAAGGACCAGAACAACCUGAAGUACAUCUGCAGAGGAAACCAGCCCUCCACAUGUCUGCAGCAGGCACUGGUCACAUCUGACUACAAACAAAAGGGAUACUUCAGUCUGGCUGAUAACAAGAUGUCAAUGAAAUUCACAGUGACCAUCACCAGUUUGACCCUGAAGGAUUCUGGGCCGUACCUCUGUGGUGUCCAAAGAAAGUCCGACCUGGAUGUUUUCACUGCUGUUAGUCUGGAAGUCAAUGAGUGGUGCUGUGUGGAGUCAAGUGAACAGAGCGGCAUUGUGGGGCAUCCUCUUUCUAUACAGUGUCCCUACCCACCUCAACACUGGGAUAACAGAAAGUUCCUUUGCAAAGGAGACCACCGCAAAAACUGCACAGAUGUGAUGAGUCAGAGCAGGUUCUCAUUACAAGAUAAUGUUUCUUCAAGCUCUUUCUCGGUGAUGAUCACAGGAACCAAAGUAGAGGAUGCCGGGACAUACUGGUGUGGUUCAGACUCACAGUGGACGGUGGGAAACUACACCAAGAUUCAUCUGUCAUUAGACUUUUCACAGCAGACCAGUGUGCUGAAUCCUGUUGGAUCAAAAACAACGUCUAUCCCUGACAGAAAUGUCAAAGAUGCAGAACACUUCCUCUCUGUGGGUGUCACGUUGCCCACUGUGGGUGCCAUCGUCUUAGUCAUACUGAUCAUUUCCGUGGUCAUAAUCUAUAAAUAUAAGUGUCGCAGAGCACAAGGAACCAAAAUCAUAGAGAAGAGGAACCAAACCAAGGUGGCAGGAGUGGAGGAAGUGAUCGAUGUGGCAGAUAUUUAUGAAAAUCAAGGCGCUGCAGUGUGCUCAAAGCAGGAGACCUCCAAAUGGCACAGCUCCUGUCACCAGAACGACAAUGAUGAUGUGUACCAAAACUGCUCUACAACAGAAGAUAUGUACUGUAACCAGAGUUACAUGAAGAAAGCCAAGAGAUGAGGAGCAUGGGAAUGAAUUAACCGAGUCCAGAAGUUGUAUAUAUCUUGUAUAUCUUAUAAUGGUACAGCUUUCUUGCUUAUCAUUAUUGUCAGUAAUAGAAGUUAACCUUGUAGGAAUCUGUGGAUAACCAUUUCACUAGAAAUACCCAUGUUAAUAUGUGGUAGUUAAUGUUCUAUAUAUGUAUCUUUAGUUAAAGCAGUAGUUCUCAGACCUUUUCUGUCAUGCCUCCCCUUGGAAGAGGAACCCCCCCCCCCCCCCCCCCCCCCCCCCCAGUUCACACUGAAGUAUUGUGUACAAACAGAGGAAUCAGUUGCACUUUCCUUUUCUAUAUUCACCAAUCAUAUCUUCUUCAAAUACUAACAUUAAACUGUCUAAGAGA